CUACGCAAACAUGGAAAUCUUCCAAGAACCUCGCUUGCCCCCAGGGCUCAGAGGGUGGCAGAGCGGAGAGCGAAGGUGGCCGCAGCCUUCCCGGCCCCACAGCCAGCCUGGCUCCGGCUGGGCAGGAGUGCAGAGCUCGGCUGGAGGCGGAGGGGGAAGUGCCCAGGAGGCUGAUGACAUCACCACCCAGCCCUUGAAAGAUGAGCUGUUCCCGCCGCCACUCCAGCUCUGGCUUCUGGGCUCCGAGGAGGGGUGGGGACGGUGGGGACAUCAGGCUGCCCCACAGUACCCAGGGAGCGACCGAAGUGCCCAUGCCGCUUGCUCUAGAGAAGCCCAGGUGUGGCCUCACUCACAUCCCACUCUGAGUCCAAAUGUUCUCUCCCUGGAAGAUACCAAUGUUUCUGUCUGUUCGUGAGGACUCCGUGCCCACCACGACCUCUUUCAGGUGAGGUAAUUGUGGUUCAAGGACGUUAAGUAACUUCCCCAGCAUCACACGGCUUAUAAGUAAGGCAGCCAGGAUGUGAACCCAGUAGGACUAUCUGGCUCCAAAGUCCCCACCCUCCCUCGCCAUCUGCAUCCUCCGAUCAUCUUCAGUGCUUUGCUGAUAGAAGCGCCGACAUGCUCAAUGUCACCUUGCAAGGGCCCACUCUUAACGGGACCUUUGCCCAGAGCAAAUGCCCCCAAGUGGAGUGGCUGGGCUGGCUCAACACCAUCCAGCCCCCCUUCCUCUGGGUGCUGUUCGUGCUGGCCACCCUAGAGAACAUCUUUGUCCUCAGCGUCUUCUGCCUGCACAAGAGCAGCUGCACAGUGGCAGAGAUCUACCUGGGGAACCUGGCCGCAGCGGACCUGAUCCUGGCCUGCGGGCUGCCCUUCUGGGCCAUCACCAUCUCCAACAACUUCGACUGGCUCUUUGGGGAGACACUCUGCCGCGUGGUGAAUGCCAUUAUCUACAUGAACCUGUACAGCAGCAUCUGUUUCCUGAUGCUGGUGAGCAUCGACCGCUACCUGGCCCUGGUGAAAACCAUGUCCAUGGGCCGGAUGCGCGGCGUGCGCUGGGCCAAGCUCUACAGCUUGGUGAUUUGGGGAUGCACGCUGCUCCUGAGCUCACCCAUGCUGGUGUUCCGGACCAUGAAGGAGUAUAGCGAUGAGGGCCACAACGUCACUGCUUGCGUCAUCAGCUACCCAUCCCUCAUCUGGGAAGUGUUCACCAACAUGCUCCUGAAUGUCGUAGGCUUCCUGCUGCCCCUGAGCGUCAUCACCUUCUGCACAAUGCAGAUCAUGCAGGUGCUGCGGAACAACGAGAUGCAGAAGUUCAAGGAGAUCCAGACGGAGAGGAGGGCCACGGUGCUAGUCCUGGUUGUGCUGCUGCUGUUCAUCAUCUGCUGGCUGCCCUUCCAGAUCAGCACCUUCCUGGACACGCUGCAUCGCCUCGGCAUCCUCUCCAGCUGCCAGGACGAGCGCAUCAUCGAUGUAAUCACACAGAUCGCCUCCUUCAUGGCCUACAGCAACAGCUGCCUCAACCCACUGGUGUACGUGAUCGUGGGCAAGCGCUUCCGAAAGAAGUCUUGGGAGGUGUACCAGGGAGUGUGCCAGAAAGGGGGCUGCAGGUCAGAACCCAUUCAGAUGGAGAACUCCAUGGGCACACUGCGGACCUCCAUCUCGGUGGAACGCCAGAUUCACAAACUGCAGGACUGGGCAGGGAGCAGACAGUGAGCAAAUGCCAGCAGGGCUGCUGUGAAUUUGUGUAAGGAUUGAGGGACAGUUGCUUUUCAGCAUGGGCCCAGGAAUGCCAAGGAGACAUCCAUGCAUGACCUUGGGAAAUGAGUUGAUGUCUCCAUUAAAACACCGGAGAGUAAUUCCUGCCCUGUCCAAUUUUGCAGGGAGCAUGGCUGUGAGGAUGGGGUGAACUCAUGCACAGCCAAGGACUCCAUAAACACGACAGCAUUACUGUUCUUAUUUGCUGCCACGCCUGAGCCAGCCUGCUCCUUCCCAGGAGUGGAGGAGGCCUGGGGGCAGGGAGAGGAGUGACUGAGCUUCCCUCCCAUGUGGUCUCCGUCCCUGUCCCAGCAAGACAACUUAGAUCUCCAGGAGAACCGCCAUCCAGCUUUGGUGCAAUGGCUGAGUGCACAGGUGAAUUGUUGCCCUGGGUUUCUUUAAUCUAUUCAGCUAGAACUUUGGAGGACAAUUUCUUGCAUUAAUGAAGGUUAAGCUCUGAGGGGUCCCUGAUAAGAACCUGGAGACCAGGAUUUUAUGGCUCCCCUCACUGAUGGACAAGGAGGUCUGUGCCAAAGAAGAGUCCAAUAAGCAGAUAUUGAGCACUUGCUGUAUAUGCAGUAUUGAGGACUGUAGGCAAGAGGGAAGAAAGAGAAGGAGCCAUCUCCAUCUUGAAGGAACUCAAAGACUCAAGUGGGAACGACUGGGCACUGCCACCACCAGAAAGCUGUUCGACCAGAUGGUCGAGCAGGGUGCUGUGGGUGAUAUGGACAGCAGAAGGGGGAGACCAAGGUUCCAGCUCAACCAAUAACUAUUGCACAACCACCUGUCCCUGCCUCAGUUCCCUCUUCUGUAACAUGAAGUCGUUGUGAGGAUUAAAGGCAGUAACAGGUAUAAAAGUACUUAGAAAAGCAAAGGGUGCUAUGUACAUGUGAGGCAUUAUUAUGCAGAUGUAACUGGGAUAUGUUUACUAUAAGGAAAAGACACUGAGGUUUAGAAAUAGCUCCGUGGAGCAGAAUCUGUAUUGGGAGCCGGUGGCGGUGUGAAGCACCAGUGUCUGGCACACAGUAGGUGCUCAUUGGCUCCCUUCCACCUGUCAUUCCCACCACCCUGAGGCCCCCACCGCCACACACACAUGAGCAUUUGGAGAGAAGGCCAUGUCUUCAAAGUUUGAUUUGUGAUGAGGCAGAGGAAGAUAUCUCUAAUCGGUCUUGCCCAGAGGAUCACAGUGCUGAGACCCCCCCACUGCCAGCCGGUACCUGGGAAGGGGGAGAGUGCAGGCCUGCUCAGGGACUGUUCCUGUCUCAUCAACCAAGGGAUUGUUCCUGCCAAUCAAUGGUUUAUUGGAAGGUGGCCCAGUAUGAGCCCUAGAACAGUGUGAAAAGGAAUGGCAAUGGUGUUCACCAUCGGCAGUGCCAGGGCAGCCCUCAUUCACUUCAUAAAUGAAUAUUUAUUAGCUGGUUGGAGAGCUAGAACCUGGAGAACUAGAACCUGGAGGGCUAGAACCUGGAGAGGCUAGAACCUAGAGGGGCUAGAACCUAGAGAAGCUAAAACCCGGAGAGCUAGAAGCUGGAGGACUAGAACCUGGAGGGCUGGAAUCUGGAGAGCUAGAACCUGGAGGGCCAGAACCUGGAGGGCUAGAACCUAGAAGGGCUAGAACCUGGAGGGCUAGAACCUGGCAGGCUAGAACCUAGAAGGGCUAGAACCUGAAGAGCUGGAACCUGGAGGGCUAGAACCUGGAAGGGCUAGAACCUGUAGAGCUAGAACAUGGAGAGCUAGAACCCGGCAGGCUAGAACCUGGCAAGCUAGAACCUGGAGGGAAUGAACCUGGAGGGCUAGAACCUGGAGAAUGAGAAAAAUUUACAUGGCAAAGAGCCCAUAAAUCCUGACCAAUCCAACUCUGAAUUUUAAAGCAAAAGCGUCAAUAUAAGAUUCCCUCCUUACCCCCAACCCACUCUUUUUUCCCACCACCCACUCUCCUCUGCCUCAAUAAGUAUCUGGAGAAAGAAAACAGGUGAAAGAAGAAGUAAAAACCAUUUAGUAUUAGUAUUAGAAUGAAGUCAAACUGUGCUACCCAUGGUGAAUGGAAAAAAAAAAAAAAGAGGCUGUGUUUUGUCACACAGGGCAGUCAUUCAUCAGCAGAGCACGUGAUGGUCUGAGACUCUCUUAGGAGCAGAGUUCUGCGCAAUAGCCAUGUGGGGAUCCACACGUGGUCUGAGGGGCAACUGAGUCUGCGGGAGAAGAGCUGCCCUGUGCAUGGUGUAGAUGCCCUGAUAAAGAACAUCUGCCCUGUGAAAGACCCAAUGAGCUGUUAUGUUGUCAACAGGAAGCAUUUCACAUCCAAUGAGAAGCAUUUCACAUCCAUGAGAAAAUCAUGUAAACAUGUGUCUUUUCUGUAUUAUGUAUUCUGUAUUAUGCUGUAGAGCAUAAUAAAUGGAUGAGGUUUUUGCA